AACAAUCAUGAACUCCUUCGCAUUCUUACUUCUCUGCAUCCAGGCUUGCCUGAUCCAGAAUGCCUUCUCGCAAGUGCUGCCUCUAGGCUACCUCAACCCCAUGGACAUUGAAGUCGACGCUCUCAGCUACGGAAUCUCCGGAGGCCUCAGCGGCUACGGAGUCGGCGCCUCUGGAUACGGACUUGGCAGCGCCAACGUCGGACUUGGCGGCGCCAGCGCAAUCGGCUAUGGCAGCGCCAAUGUCGGACUAGGCGGCGCCAGCGCCAUCGGACUUGGCAGCGCUAACAUUGGUGGCGGAAACAUAAUCGGUCUGGGUGGCGCCAACGCAAUCGGACUUGGCAGUGCCAACGCAAUCGGACUUGGCAGCGCCAACGCAAUCGGACUUGGCAGCGCCAAUGCAAUCGGCCUUGGCAGCAUCAACGCUGGUGGCUGGUCCGCAGGCAACGUUGGUAGUGGCUUCACUGGCGGAUACGCCCCCUCAGACGUCGCCGCCGUUGCCGCUCUGCCAGUCUCUGGCCCGUACGGUGGUACUGGCUACGGUACCCUGGGUGCCGCUGGCGACUUCGGUGCUGCUGGUACCGCCAUCGUGACCGGCCAGCUGCCAGUGCUUGGCGCAGUGUCCUUCAAUGGCAACAUCCCCGCCAGUGGCGUCGUGUCCAUCGCUGGAAACUGCCCCUGCGUCAUUUAUUCUUUAUUUGAAGUCACCACUACUUCAGUAGUAGAUGGAGGGGCGUCCGAAACCUUCGCUGACGAUGCCGACCUGUCCACUGCCGCAGCCGCAGGUGGCCACGCCAGACCCAGCAGUGGGCAGGGCACCUUCGAAGGCCACAGCGCUCAGGAACGGCAGCUGGCCGGUCACCAGCAAGUUUCCUUCGAUGGCGUUCUCAGAAGCGACGGCAAGACCGCUGGGACCGAUGGGGGAGAUGGCACAUUUGAAACAAUCAUGAACUCCUUCGCAUUCUUACUUCUCUGCAUCCAGGCUUGCCUGAUCCAGAAUGCCUUCUCGCAAGUGCUGCCUCUUGGCUACCUCAACCCCAUGGACAUUGAAGUCGACGCUCUCAGCUACGGAAUCUCCGGAGGCCUCAGCGGCUACGGAGUCGGCGCCUCUGGAUACGGACUUGGCAGCGCCAACGUCGGACUUGGCGGCGCCAGCGCAAUCGGCUAUGGCAGCGCCAAUGUCGGACUAGGCGGCGCCAGCGCCAUCGGACUUGGCAGCGCUAACAUUGGUGGCGGAAACAUAAUCGGUCUGGGUGGCGCCAACGCAAUCGGACUUGGCAGUGCCAACGCAAUCGGACUUGGCAGCGCCAACGCAAUCGGACUUGGCAGCGCCAACGCAAUCGGCCUUGGCAGCAUCAACGCUGGUGGCUGGUCCGCAGGCAACGUUGGCAGCGGCUUCACUGGCGGAUACGCGCCCUCAGACGUCGCCGCUGUUGCCGCUCUGCCAGUCUCUGGCCCGUACGGUGGUACUGGAUACGGUACACUGGGUGCCGCUGGCGACUUCGGUGCUGCUGGUACCGCCAUCGUGACCGGCCAGCUGCCAGUGCUUGGCGCGGUGUCCUUCAAUGGCAACAUCCCCGCCAGUGGCGUCGUGUCCAUCGCUGGCAACUGCCCCUGCGGUGGCGUGCAGUUGUAA